CUCUCCGGACCGCCGCCCGUCGCGCGGGGUGGGGGGGCCCGAUGAGCUGAUUCCCGUCGCUGGAGCAGCCUGAGAAGAGCCGGCCCCCGUGUAGCGCGCAUCGCCGCCGCCGCCAUGGCUCACUCCCCGGUGCAGCCGGGCCUGCGGGAGAUGCCGAAUCUACAAGCAGAUCCAGAAGAACUGUUUACAAAACUGGAGAAAAUUGGCAAGGGCUCUUUUGGUGAGGUUUUUAAAGGAAUUGACAAUCAAACUCAGAAAGUGGUUGCUAUAAAAAUUAUUGAUCUAGAAGAAGCGGAAGAUGAAAUAGAGGACAUCCAACAAGAAAUCACAGUGCUGAGUCAGUGUGACAGUCCUUAUGUAACCAAAUAUUAUGGAUCUUAUUUAAAGGAUACAAAAUUAUGGAUAAUAAUGGAAUACCUUGGUGGAGGCUCUGCUCUUGAUUUAUUAGAGCCUGGCUGUCUUGAUGAAAUCCAGAUUGCUACAAUAUUGAGAGAGAUACUUAAAGGACUCGAUUACUUGCAUUCAGAAAAGAAAAUCCACAGAGAUAUUAAGGCUGCCAAUGUUUUGCUAUCUGAACAAGGAGAGGUAAAAUUAGCAGACUUUGGAGUAGCAGGACAACUAACAGAUACACAGAUAAAGAGAAAUACUUUUGUGGGAACUCCAUUCUGGAUGGCACCUGAAGUAAUAAAACAGUCAGCAUAUGACUCAAAGGCAGAUAUCUGGUCAUUAGGCAUAACAGCCAUAGAACUUGCAAAAGGAAAGCCACCGCAUUCAGCAUUGCAUCCGAUGAAGGUUUUAUUCCUCAUCCCAAAGAACAAUCCACCGACACUGGAAGGAAACUACAGUAAACCCCUCAAAGAAUUUGUUGAGGCCUGCUUGAACAAGGAGCCAAGCUUCAGACCAACAGCAAAGGAGCUCUUGAAACACAAAUUCAUAAUACGAAAUGCAAAGAAAACAUCCUACCUGGCAGAACUCAUUGAUAGGCACAAGAGGUGGAAGUCUGAACAGAGCCAUGAUGACUCCAGCUCUGAAGAAUCGGAUGCUGAAACCGAUGGCCAGGCCACAGGUGGUCGUGAUUCAGGGGACUGGAUCUUUACAAUCAGAGAAAAAGACCCCAAGAAUGUAGAGAAUGGAGCAGCCCAGCCACAGGAACUAGAAAGUAAUAAGGAAAAAGAGACCCCCAGGCGUCCUUUGUCUCAGUGUUUAUCUGCAAUUAUAUCUCCUUUAUUUGUGGAGUUGAAAGAGAAAAGUCAGGCAUAUGGUGACAACAUGGGGUCCAUAGAAGAACUGAGAGAAGCUAUUUAUUUAGCUGAGGAGGCUUGUCCAGGCAUUUCAGAUACCAUGGUAUCGCAGCUUGUACAGAGGCUUCAGAGAUAUUCACUAACUGGAGGAAGUACUUCGUCUCACUGAAGUAUUGGUUUUGAAUUUUUCAAAGUCAAGAGGCCACCCUGUGGCGUCUGCAUUGAGGAAGUGCUCUUUAAUGUUGAUCUACCGCUCUUCAGUGAAAGGACAUUCCUGAAUGUGCAACAGCAAAAAUGAAGUCUCUCAGAUGGGGUGUUGUUUUUCAGCUCCUUAAACCUAUAGUUUUUUUUUUAACCGUAAUGCACAUAUUUAAGGGAGAAGUGUCUUUUUAUGACAUCUGCAAUGUAUAUUUACGUUUGUGAUAAGGACACUGAAGAUAUUGUGAAAUCUCAGGUAUUUUGCUUUAAGAUAACUCCUUUGGGAGAUAGAAAAGCAUUCUGUUGGAUUUGUGUAUAGAUUUGUAUAUAGUGUCAUUUUUGUACUGCAACCCUUUAAACCUGUAUAAGGAGUCACUGUGUACAAAAUGACCAAAUCUUCUGUAGAUAAUGUUAGUGAGGUAAAUAUUUGACAGGCCAUAAGUAUUGCGUUGCCUUUAUUACAUGUAAAAUUUCAAUUAUGUGACCAGUGAUUCUGGUUUGAUUUUGUGUUUGAAGGGUUCACCAUGAAAAGAUAGUAAAUGCCCUAUUAUGGAAACCUGCUAUUUGUACCUCAGUGUAUCCAAAUUUCCUCAUUUGUCCUACAUCCCUCUCUUUUUUACACUUGGAAGCUGGCUUUCUGAUUAUGGUACUACUUUUGGUUUAUUUAAAUUUAACACAUCGUGUCUCAUAUAAAGCUUUAAAUUGUUUAUUUUUUCUCUACAGAAUUUUUUCACUUUUACAUUUCAGUUUUAAAUUGUGCCCGUGUAGAUUCUGAAUCAUAUGUAUUGUCCAGAUUUAGUAAUAUAAGCUUGUUGUGAAAUCUAAAUACCUUUUACAUCUAUACAUAUCUGAAUGCUUACAUAAAUAAAUUUUAUAACCUACAUAUAUUUUGAAAUCUUGAAAUAUCUUACAACCUUGGCUUUCAGAGAGUGGAAAAUGUUUCAUAGAGAGGGUUGCUGUUUUUAAUUAUAAAAUGAAAUUGUCUCGGGGAGUAAAAGAAAAAAAUUGAAUUUAUCAAUAUAUAGAAAGGCCCAAUCCUGCAGUCCUUAAGUCUAUGCAUCUCCUAUUGAAACUGAUGGGAGUUACAGACAUCAGUAUUGCAGAAUUGGGCCCAAAGUACAGAGUAUUCCAUAAUCUUUAUCACAAAAAAGUACAUGAAUUUUGAUUGCCUGAAAUGAAAAUCUCCAGCACUGCUGUGGUUAUUUCUGAAUAAUAAGUGUUUCAGUCUCCUUGGAAAUGGUAGUUGUAUGUAUUUUGUGAAGUGACAUCUCUUCAUGGUAUUUAUUAUAUAGUUUAGUAUAGUUUGCUUUACCAAGGGUAGAAAUAAGUAAUUUGUUUCCUUGGUAGGCAGGAGAGGGAGGAUUUUGUCUUGUUUCACUCCACAAAUUGAUAAUUACACGUCAGGUGUGUAUUUUUGAUGUAAUGUAAUUGUCAGAUCUCUAGUUAUCUGUUCUCACAUUAUUUUAGAACUAGAAAACAAAUGACUCUUGGAAGUGAAUGAAAUAAAUGAAUAACGUAGAUACGCUAUACCCACCAGCCUGUAGCAUAAUUUUGUCAGGGAAAGGCUGAUUGUUAAAUGGUGUGGUUCCUAUAUAAUGAACUAAAGUGCUAUUUUUCAACCCUCUCAACUUAAUUAUCAUUUUAAUGAUUAUGUACUAUUUUGUGUGAUCUUGAAGCUAUGAAGACAUAGUUUAAUCUAGAGGAAAUAAACACACAACUGCCCCUUUACUAACUAGAAAUGUGCAUUUGAAUCUUGAUGCAGUGAAAUGAGGAAUAUACCCUUUUUUUCAAUGCAGAAAUCAACAGAGUCAGUUCUACCACUUGAGAAUAUGUAGUGGUAGUGUUGUGGGUGGCAUGUAGAAAUAAUCAGAGAUAAAUUGAAGUUUAAAUGGAACCACUGAAACCUUCCCAGUGUCAUCUGUUACUAUAAGAAUGUCUUUAAAUUGAAAUGAGCUAGUUGGGAAAGAGCACACUUUGAAGAUUUAGAGGCAAGUCAGAUUUACAAGACAAUAUGGAGUUUCACUUUGAAAUUUCUGAAGCAAAAGUUAGUCAGAAAAUUGUCUGGUGUUCAGAAGGUAUAAUCACUGACCUGCCCUUUUAUUUUGUUAUGAAAAACUACCCAGUUUGAGACUCAUUGAGGAUGAUUAUAACAGAUGAUGCUUGGUGAAGGCAAACUUUGAUUAAAUAACUAAACAGAUAGACACAGUUAGAAGGCCAAUUGGCCAAAAGCAGAAGACUUAAAAAGAAAAACAUAGUUAAUUUAUGGUGUAGAUAUGAGUAUUUUUAUAUAUAAUAUAAAUAUAUAUGUUAAUGCAGAUCAAUCUUCAGAUACGAUGAUUCACUGCAAAAAUCAACAUUUUGUCUGGAAUGUACAAUGACAAUCAUUUGCUGGCGAAAAAUGUUAGUUUCAGAAAUAAAUCUGUACCAGUAAUAGAAAACUUCUUUCAUUUGAGGUCAAUAUGUCUCGGAGAUAAGUAUGGCAUAAGUAGUCUCUGAGGCAAGAUACUUAAGAAAAUUUUAAUAUUAUUCUGAGAAAAUGUCUUCUGCUAAGAACUUGACAUUAUACUAUUGCACUUAAGCUAAGUUUUUCUGGUACCGGUAAAGCAGCUAUUUCAAAAUUUCCCUUGAGUAGAGUGAAGGCUCAAACCAAAUUUACCUUAGUAACAAGUAUUACGCUAGUCAUGCAGAUGUUGAACUCAGUGGACUCUUCACUUGUAAGAGGUUGCGAGACUAGGCACUAAAUAAACUGUUAAAAAACUAAAAAGUUAACCAGAAAAAUUCUUUGAAAAUGGAAAGAUGUUUUGGUUUUUUUGUGCAUCAAGUGUAUGCGUUUUUUAGUUAACCUUAAUUUCCCUUGCAGUUGCACUAUUAUAGUUGAUAAACACUGUUUAGUAGACCCUGGUGGCAUUACUAACAAAUCAUUGCACCAGGCCUCUGGUAAAAUAAUGAAACAUUUCUUCUGUUUCUCACAAUGUAAUCAAGUGCCAUUGCCUCUUGAAAGCUCCAACGGUUUGUAAAUGGUUCUUGAGUUGUACUUGUGAAGUGUCUGGUUCAGUUCUUGAUCUUUUAUAUAGCACUUCGGGUGGUUGUUUUUUUGUGAACACAUAGUACUGAUGUCUGUUUGUAACAGUUUAUUUCCUUUCUUAAAGAAACAUAGCUGACGUAUUUCAGCUACCAAUAUGGCAAUAAAGCGGGUGAUCAUCAGGAAGUGUUCAUAUGCAUAGGUAUAGUGCAAGGGUCAAUAAAGAUCAAAGAAACUUAA